CAACAGUUUCAGACUGCAGAGGUUUGGAGUGAAGGCAGCAACAAUUUCUCGAACCCUUGCUUUCCCUCUCUCUCCGUCCCUCCCCCACCCUACUACUCCGACUAGUUUCUCUGUCCUUCUGAUUAAUUUUACUGAUUGUCUGCCUCUUUGUCGCCUGCCCCUCAGCUAACAAUGAACCGUUCGACAUUUCAUUAGCAUCGUCUGCUUUGAUCUGUCAUUUUCGCACCUUGCCCUUCCAUAUCUCUAGACUCCCUCUCCUCUGACUCUCUUAGCCUGAAGAUGAGCCUCGACCCGAAACAUCACCCAUUCCUUCUCUCCAGAGAUGCUGCCUGUCCCGUGAGUGACUCCAGCAUUUUGUGUCUAUCUUCGGUGUAAACCAGCAUCUGCAGUUCCUUUUUACACAAUUGAUCUUGGUCAUCUGGAUUUGUUUGCAGCCCACUGCUCAUCUAUUACAAGCAAAAUAAUAAUGAGUGCAGGGCAGAUUGGAGACCAGAAUCCUGAAGAUGAUUCCUGUGAAGCUCUACACAGCCCCAGGAGCAGCCUUGUGAGGUACUCUGAUGAAUCAUUCGCAACUUACACUGGUGAAAACAAGAAGAGUCAUCAAUCCUACAGUCAGUCUUUUGAAUCCUAUCAGUCUUUCGAUGAGGACUUGGAGCCAGGAACAGGAUCAGAAAUCUCUGCAAUCAAAUAUGACCUGGAAUUUAUGUCGCCUGAGAUUGUCAAAGCAGAAACAAAAGAAGAAUUUUCACAUUGUGAGGACUCUGAAGGCAUUCUAGCAAGAGAAAAGCUUAUAGAAAAAUUCCUUGAGAUACUGAACUGUAACAGAUUUGUUUCUACUCCAUAUCAUCAAAAGGGAAAAUACACAGUAUCCCGCAGAGAGGCAGUACAGACAAUCCAAUUAGAAUCAGAACCUGCACAAAAGUACUGCAGUAUAAAGAUUGAUCAAAUUCAACGACAACUUCGACAGAAGCAACCAAAACCUGAGAAAUAUGGGAGGCAACAAUUGAACGAACCGAUGGGGAGAAAAACGACUUCUCAGGAAAGCUAUGUGGUACCUCAGCACCUGAUAAAUCAGGUGCGACUCAAAUACAUCACAGAGACAGUCAAACAGGUUGUUGAGACAAACAUACAUCAGCCCUCCCGAUGUGUUGACUGCUUCAAAAAGAUCAGUGAACUAGCAGAACACAAUUUCCUCCGUAUCAAGAAGAUACAAUUGGAAGAAGCGUCUAUGCAAGAAAAAAUCGAGGAUCACAUUUAUACCAAGGAUGCACUUACAUUGAUUGGAGAAAUACACAAUAGCCUUCCAAAGUAUUCCGAUGCUGCUUCUCUGGUGUGGAGGAGAUUAUUUGCUAAACUAAGUCCAAGAUAAUGAUGUAAUGAAAAGCCCUUUGAAAGCAAGAAAAUCUUCGGAAACUGGGCCACAAGAUAUAAUAAUAAGUGGUUACGGCACGUUUGCAGCUUCCCUGACUUCAAAGACUCUAAUAACCACCUAACCAAAGUUGCCUUUUCAAGAUACUUCAUUAAAUAAAGGUUGUUGAACAUG